GAUUCGAUUGGAUAAACAAACGAAACAUACGACACAUGCAAACAAAACAAGAGCCUCCGAGCAAUAACACAAACAGACGCCAACAACUCAACAUAGGAACAAACCAAACAGCUAAGCGAGAAAGCUGCUAUUGCGAUUGCCACCCCACCCCUCUGGCCAUCAGCAAUUUGAAGCGCGAUAUACAUAUAGGAUAGAAUACGUCAAGAUGCCGAUGGUGAUGCCAUGUCGUUCGCGAGCUGCCAUGAAGCUGCACGCGGACUGCUAUGAUCGACUAAAGAAGCCGAUUUAUCUGGAAACGCCACCAUUAUCGACGGUCGACGAGGAGCCACUAUGUGGCGUACGCCGUGAUAGACCCGUGAAGCCCAAGGUCCAGAGGCGACCAUUGCCGCCGGGCACACGGCUACCGAAUCCAGUGACCAUGCCUGGACAGAAGACGGCGGUGGGUGGCGGUAAGGCGCCACCGCGAGCCCGCAAAUACGACGGUGCCAAGGCGACGUUCUUUCACAUCAAGGGCCAAUCGUGGGAAUCAAAGGGCUAUGCGGAGCUCUCGCAGUGCGAGUUGGAUCGCAUGAGGGCCUCGAGACCGCGGACCACCGAGGAGCGUCGCGCGGAACAGGAUCGCCGGAUGGAGGAGCAGCAAUAUCACACAGCCGAAGCGGAACGUAUGCGCAACUAUUUCCACGACAUUGACGAGCAGCGCAGGGAGAAGGAACGCGAGGCGCAGAAGAGGGACGAUGACGAGGCCGAUGAGGAUGUCAACGAGGAUCGGCGGGUGGAGGCCAAGCGAUUGCAGGUACUCCACCGCGCCCUGGAUGCCAAAUACGAGUCGGAUGUGCGAGUGAAGGAUGCCACGCGUGCGAUAUCCGAGGCCAAAUGCAGUGCCAUGUGGACGGCUCAGAUUCAGGAGAGGAAGCUCCUCAAUCGCAUUCAACUGGAUCACGACGAGGAGAUGGCCCGCAAGAAUCGCGACUACAACAAUGCCAAGUGGGGCACGGUGGAGCAGCAAGAUCAGGCCGAAGAGGAGAGGCGCAAGCAAUUUGGCAACGCAGUGCGUGAGCAAAUCUCUGAUCGCGAAAAGUUGCGUUUCAUGGCCCAGGAUCGGCUGCGUCUGGAGGCGCGAGACUUGCGUGCCGCCGUCGAUGAGUAUAAAAAGGCUGAAUUGGCAGAGGGCGAGAUGAAAUCGCGCCGCAAGCUGGCCUACCGCGAUGAAUUGAAUAAGUACACGAAAUUGCAUCGCAACUUCGUACGGAUGAUGUGCGAGCAGGAUCAAAGGGAUGAGAACAGAGCGUACGAGUACCUAAAGCUCAAGGAGCAGCAAUUGAGACAACAGCGAGCGGAACGCGAGGCCAUCGCGGCGGACGAGAAACGCAAGCGGGAUGUCCUCUUUGCAGUGGGCCAAAAGAUUCUCGAUGCCAAGGAUAAUCGCGAGGAGAUGCAUUUCCUGGCGGAACACGAACGCCUCGAACGGAAGUACAGAGAAAACGAACGCAAGGCGGCCGAAAAGGAGCGCAAAAUGGCCGCCGAACUCAAGCGGGCCAAUAUGGAGCAAAUGGAGCAUCUCAGCCAGAUGAAGGCCUGCUACUAUGUGCAGCGCGAACGCGAACUGAAGGAGAUGAUCGAGUAUCGAAAGAAGCACGAGGAGCAAAUGAAGCGCGAGGCCGAGGAGCAGGCCAUCAAGAAGGCCUGUCUGCGCUCCAGUGUCUCCUGCCAAAUCGAGGAGCGGGAGAAGACUCGUCGCCGCGAACUGGAGGACGAGCACUUGGCCUUCGAAAGGGAGAGGGCGGCCGAGGCGCAGCGGCAAAAGGAAAUCGAUACGGUGAUCACGGUCAAACUGGAUGAUCUGCAGAAGCGCGGAUGUCUGCCCAAUUUGGCGGUGCAAUCGCUGAAGGGUCGUGUCGCCAAUGCUGGCAACAAGAAGAAGCUGGGCGCUGAAUUCACAUAGAUAGUUAUAUUUUGUAAAAAUCUACACAUAGACAGACAGAGCAGCAAACACACACACUCGCACACUCCCACACACACAUAUGAACUCAAGUUGACAAUGGCAUAGAUGAUGACUUUUCAAACUUGGCGGAAUUA